AUGGCUGCUCCGUACGCCUCAGGGGCGAUUUGGAAAACAUUCAUCCAACAACCCGCCAUCGUCGUCCUCGAAACCUUACUCUCCCAGGUCCAAGAGGUUCGCGACACCGAGAACCCAACCUUCGAAAUUCCCACCAUCAAGGUCUACAAGGACUGUUUCCAUCCCGAUCAACGAGAGCAAACGUCGGCGAUGCUCGGUGUUGACUUUUCAACAGUCUCGGACUCUCCUUCAUCCACCUCGUUGUUGUCGAUUUCUUCGAGCCAAGCAGACUUUAUGGUCAUGACAGUACUGCAGUAUAGUAUCUUGUCUCUCUUUGCUGGCCAGCCUGAGGAUACUGACCAGCGUGAACUUGUCAUCGAGAUGCUUGUCAAGAGCCUGUCGCCUGAGGAGAUCAACGGACAACUGUUUGGCAAUGACAACAACGCACUCCAUCUGGCAGCCUUUCUCCGCAUGGAGUCAACUCUCCACGUCCUCAUAGCCUACGGAGGCAACCCCCUCGUUCCCAAUGGCCGUGGUCUCUCAGCCUUCGAUAUCUUGUUCGAAGUCACCCCUGCAGGUCUUACCCCACCUACCAGCAUCCGCUCCCAUCGUGCUUCCUACCCUUCUUGUUCAUUCAAGGAAAAUGUAGAACCAGCCACCACAACUCUCACCCGUAUUGCUUCCCUUGCCACUGCCAUGAAUGCCCGCCCCUCGGAAGGACCACACCUUGCUUUUCAGCCUCUUUCUUCGACUACUACUGUACCUCCGGUUAACGAGCAUGUCCUACAUAACGAGGGCCAGGGCGAGGAUGAGGCCGACCAUAAUAAAGCAACACCAGUCCGCAUCACGGCAGAGUGCGAUGUUGUAGGUGACAACAACUCGCUCGAGCUGAAUCUGGACAACGGACCCCAAGUCUUUCAACAGACUGACCACUGCAUCGAGGACUCGUUGGACGAUGACCUUCCUUCCAGGGAUGCUCUUGGGAGGUCGAUUGUUUGUGACAACAAAUCCGCCUUUGCAGAUGGUUACGACCAUGACGAUCUGGAUAGCUACGGUCGAAGCAACACCGCGCACCUUGUGGAGAAGGAUGCCCAGGACACGGACCCUUAUUACUUUCACCGGAGCGAGCAGGAGCUCCAAUUCCUGCAGGAUCAAUUAGAAUUGGAUGAGUUCGAAAGGCAGAAAUCACAGCUUCAUGAGGACCUUACCUGCUUCCUCCGAAUCCGACCAGGUAAACCUAACCUGACUGCGAGCGGCGCACGCUUGAUCUCGAUCCUCAAAAACCGCCAAGCCUGGAGACCGGAACAGCUGUUUAUUGAGCAUGCUCAGUCCUUUGAAGCUUACGAGGACUACACCGAGCGCCUUCAACUCCAACGCAAGCCUGAUGUCUCUCAUGAGGACAAUUCACGCCACCAACUCGCGCACGAGAAGUCUGUCCAGUGGAACAACAUCAAGCAAGUCCGCGAGUACCAGCGCCACAUGAACUGCCAGCUAGAGGUGGACGAUUGGGAUGGCUUACUCGUAUAUGAGCCCUAUGAUGAACCUGUCGAGGAUAGCUUCGUGCCCACAGCGUCGCCCUAUGACAUUGUCCGGCCUGUAACGCCUGUUCGCCCUAGGAGCCAUGCCCCUAGCAUGGGCUUCAACAACAGCUCUCUCAACCUGUCAGGUGACAUGGGCAGAGCCUCCUCUCCUCUGCCACAUAGUUAUUCUCGCCCUCUCCCGGAAAUCCCACAGUCUGCAAAGUCGUCCUUCUUUGGAUACCGCAAGGGAACCCCACCUCCUUCCUCUUUCUUGUCCAAAGCGAAAUCGACCCUUGCAACAACAGCAUCUUCUUUCACUAACCAAGACGACGAGCAAGCCAAAUCGUCUUCGUCAAGACCCUUCUCCAAGCGACUCUCAGCUUCCUCGCUGCCCUGGAACUCCAAGCGCCCUGGCUCCCCUUUCGCAAGGAUAUCGUUCUCGUCCAACGACAUUGAGCUUCAAUCGCCUUCAGUUGCCUCUUCAUCUGAGGGAGGCCUUGCGGAAACUACGUUCGUGCUUGGACAACGAGACUCAACAGAGGUCGCUCCUCCCUUGGCUAUGGACUCGUCCCAGUGGGUCCCUAGGAUGCUCCGCAACCUCACCUCGCCUCCGAACUCCCUUUCCAAAGCAAGGAGCCGCGGUAGCUUGGACUCUUCGCAAACGACUCCAAGGACCCAGACUGUGCAGGAGAUGCUUCUUCAAGCAGCACCGUUCUCCAUCAGUUCAGACAUGUCGCUCCACGGUGAACGUCCUACCAUCGUUGACUACGAUACCAUCUUUCCUGGAUCCGUCUCGUCCCCGUCCGUGACAUCAACCACUGUAGCGACGCCGAAGAUGCUUGCGCAGUUGCGAUCGGCUUUGAAAGAAAGAUUCAGUACCCCAUCCCUCCCGCAUCGCGCGCCCUCACCUACUCCUACGCGUUGCGUGUCGACGCCACGAAGCACCCCGCCGAUUCCCUUGACCCGGUCUCUCUCUGAGCCCUCCAGCUCAAACGCGAGUACCAGCCUGUUUUGCGGAUUGUCGGAAUUCCCUGCGCGCGAGUUCCCACUUGAUCAGCGCAACAAUAACUCUAGUGUCAUGACUGACGCAGGUGUCGCUGUUGAAGAAGCACAUGAGGGAAACAAGGCUUUGACCUCACUACAUCAACGUCAACCUUCAGCCUCGACCAUCUCGAGUGAUCAAGUGGACAACAUCCGUGCGCACAUCCCUCGUGUCACAUCACCGCUCGCCAAAGUCACUUAUUCCAGAUCUACGACCCGCUCGCCACAGCUGUACCCUCCUACCCCGCAAGGCUCCGGAUCCAACUCAGAUGAAGCAGAUAAUGAGACAGCUGAAGACGUUCAAAAUUGUCUUUCGACUCUCGGAGCAAGAGCAGCCAGUCCUUUACCUCAAGGGCAUUCUCAGUCUGCGUUCCAGUCGACUCACCGCCGCCUGUCUCUAGCUGGUGUUGCAAAUCAAUUACUGAGCAACAUCGACUCGACAGCUCCUACGCCCCCCAUGCCGACAACAGAUAUUAAGGAGGAUCCCAACCUACCCGCUCUGCCUGAACGGCCUCCCAGUCGAUUUGAUUCUAGUUCAUCUUCGUCAUCGCUAUUGUCGCCGUGGUCAAAUGCCCAGACCAAGAACACGGAAGGUUUCACCACCGCGGCUUUUUCACAACACUGCAUGACUAGCGAAACGUCAGUAGCAAAACAAGCCAACUGGACGAAACGCAAAGAGGUUGUUCUAGUUCACCCUCCUCGGACAUCUUCCCUGCCGUCCGGCCCAGUGUCUGCUGUCGCAUUGCCACUGGAACAAUACCAGGAGCCGGCCUCUGCUGUUGAGGAAGUGACUACAGAGGUGGCCCCAGUUUGUGGUGUUGACGACAGAGCUGAGGCUGAGAUUGUGGAGGUUCUUGAUGCCAGCGUCUUUUUGGACGCAGUGUCUGCGCCUGCUACCCUUGUCUCUCUUCUCGCCGCCGUAUUCCCCCUUCAGCCAAUGGACUCUCGUACCAAGCACUUUCAAAACAUGCGUGUCAAGUCGACAGAGCUUGCUUCCAGGGAAAAGCCGCAGUACGUUCUCCCCGAGCUGUUUUUUACUGCUGACGGUCCAGAAAAAAUGGAGUACAUUCAUGGCGUCACACAUACCACCUCCCCUGUUCUUAUUACUGAUCCCCAGGGCGACAGCAUGAGCUCUUUUAUGGGAGCAGCAUUGGUAAACAUCCAAGGCAUAAGUCAUGGUCUUGAGGUCCAGAAGUACAAUUUGCGUCAAUCGACUGUUGUCGAGCGGUUCUCAGAUGUCGACCAGCCCUCAUUGGCAUUGUCUUUGCCAGAGACCCCAUCUCUUCAGCCCAUCUAUCAAGAGCGAUAUGCCAGUCUUUGGAUGGAUGUUGGCGAGUUUGAAUCUCGACCUCGACGAUUGACUCUCUCCAACUGUGACUCUCCUUCUACUAUUCAGACAGGAGUUCUGUACAUGCGAUUCAAGAAGGUGUGCAACUUCUCGCUUCCGCUGCCAGGGGAGAACAUGAUGGUGUCGAUCCGGAUCGACACCGGAUAUGAGAAAGUCGACACGGACUAUGUCCCCCUCGAGGAUAUCGACAUGAUCAUCAACCAAGAGUUCUGCCUACCUGUGUGCCCUGGACUGGCGAUUACUAUCACGUUGCAUUUGAUGCAGGCUCCACAUCUCCAGCCAAGAUACCACCAGCAGCACAUCUUGCCCCCCAUCGCUACGUACUCUUUGCCCUCACGUGCGAAUGGCGGCAACAGCAGCAGCGCAGCCUACACUCUCCAUGAUGUCCCCUUGGAUCGUCCCCCUUCUGCAUCACCAUACAUGCAGAAGUCUCUGCCUGCGCUCCCCUCACACCAGCAACAAUAUCACCAGCAGCAGCAGGAGAGACUUCGCGCACCCACCUCAGGAAGCGUAUUCAGUUCGAUCGGGAAAAAAUCGCUCCUGUCGUCCCUAUUCAACAAGCGCUCUCAGCCAUCUUCGCCAUCAUCGUCGGUCUUUGGGGCCGCCAGUUUUGGCAUCUUUAACGCAUCUUCGACUUCGCGACCUGGGACCCCAGGGUGGCAACAACCUUCAUCUCCUCAGGUGCUCUUGAAUGAGGAUUCUCCACUGCAUGGUACUGGAGAAAGAUCCACGUCGUUAUUUGACGCUAUCGGUCACCGAUCGAACCGUGCGGUUCUCUCAGCUCCCAACGCCAUCUCAGUCCCCUGGGACAACAACAACUCUUCACCCUCAACAACCAUCGAGCGAUCUUCGGUUCUUUCGUCUCUCUCAGUUGCCUCGAGAAAGAGUCCUUCAACAUCACCGCACGCUCGCUUCUUGCAGCAUUCGGGAUCCACGUUGUCAACUUCUACAUCGGCUUCGACAUCAACUUCCGAGUCGUCCUUGUCCACCCCGCCUUCUUCUUGUGGCUCGCCUGAUGACAUGGCUGAGAGUGAAAAGAAGACUAGAAGCGGUAGCGGCACGAUUGCGAAAUGGACAAAGGGGUUCCUCAAUCCUCGCAAGAAGAAUCAUUCGCAGUCCAAACAGCAAGAGUCACAACCGCGAUUGCCUUCCAGAUCAGCGACAUUAAUGCUGCCUUCUCCAAGUACGACAACAAACAGUAUACAACAACAGCUUCCGGUGGAUCAGGAGCAGUGGCUGGCGUAUUGGAAGGAGUUGGGCGAGCAGCAUAGGCGAGGCUCGAAUGGAUCCAUCACUACUGGUCGAUCUUUCUCUCCUCGGACUUCUUCUUUUUCGAACGUGGUGGCCAGUCAUACCUCCACCGACACGGCUCCUUUCUCGACUGCUUCCUCCUUGCCCUUUUCGACCCAAGAAUCGUCAGAUGUCAUCAACAACAACAUCAACAACAACAUCAACAACAACAUCAACAACAACAUCAACAACAACAUCAACAACAACAGCGUCAACAACAGCGACAACAAUAACUACAACACGAAACCUACCGACACCUCCAUCAACAACACACCAGUCCCCUUCCUCCCACAACUGACCCAAGCCCGAAUCCGCGCUACAGAAUCCCCACUCGAAAUCCUCUCACGCCACAUCUUGUUUGACGACGAACUGUGUAUUUCCAGGACCGGGAUUGUCUUUGACGAGAUCCGGGCAGCUUGUACGAACCAAAUUGUUAAUAUCGAGUUCCAGACCGUCAACAACUGGAUUGAUUUGAAUGAUUAUUCGAGGGUCGGUGGGCAGCUUGGAAGGGAAUCGCCUUCGGUGGGGAUGGGUGCUAAGGAUAUCGACAGGUGUUCCACCCCUGCGCUCACCAGUGGCCACACUGGCGAGCGUAGUGAUAAUAAUGAUAACGAUCAUAAUGCCGACGCGGACGAGGACGACGAAGAGGAUGAAGAAGGCGGGGAGGCGAGGUCGUUAGGUCGAGAUGUGAUGGUGGCGAAUAUACAAACAACGGUCUGUUUCAUCCCAGGACCGGAGAUGGACCCCGAGGACGCGAUCUACGAAGACCAGCAGGCCCUCCCAUCCGAGCCUCAGAAUCUGGUCGACUGUCAUAUGGGUCUCAAGUAUUUUCAUUGGCAGGAUAGAGUCUCUUUCCGUGGGGCCUUGUUUUAUUCGACUGGGAAUCUGCAACAGCAACGAUGGAGGGAGGGAAGGUUCUGUAUUGUUGGGUCUGUUCUAUGGCAGUGCCGUCCUCCUACUCCCCCUCACGGCAGCACCAGUCAGAAUCGUCAUGGUCAAGAUGAGCAGCAUGAGGAGAAGUGGAGGUGUCUAGAUCUGUCGUUCGUGCACGGGAUCGAGACCAGUCUCGGAUACUUCAACACCCGAGCUCGUUACCUCGAGACCGUCGACAUCGACCACCACAGCAACAACGCCAACGAGCAUAGGGUCAGCACCAGCCGCGUGAGAGACGUGAGUGAAGACUACUACCCAGUCAGGAACGGGUUCCGCCUCUGCAUGGCCGACGAGAACUCGAGCGGGAAUCAGAGGACGGUGUUUGAUAUGGAGUUCUAUGCAGAGACGGCGGAUUUGGGACAGAGGUGGGUCUCUGCAUUGGUGGAGGCUUGUCGUGAGCGACCUCCUGCUCCUUACUGGAUGGCGUCCACGACAACGACGACUGCUUGA